GAACUUCGAAGGACGUGUCCUGCUUCUUUUCUUUCUUCGUGUUUUUGCGCUGCUUGGGUCGUCUACUACUACUUGGGCUGUUUACUGCUAGCAUGAAGGCGGCUAGCGUUCUGGUCGCACUCGCCUUGCUAGGCGAAUCGCGGGGUCGCGCAGAUACUCUCGACCUUGCCAACCACUUUGCGAACGCAGAUGCGCCCCAACAACCGCUGACGGCCCUCCCGGCUCCUCCACAGAUGGAGGUUCGACCUCUUAUGGAGCACGGCCCGUCGGAGAAUCGGGUCGACUUGAUGUUCUUUUCGGAUGGGUACCUCCCCACCGAAAAGGCACAAUUCUUCGCCGACGCAGAAAUGCUCGCCCAGGGACUCGUCGCGGGAAACAAGACGUACAACAGCGUCGCGCCGCUGCUGAAUAUGUGGGCCGCGUUCACGCCGAGCGGGGAGAGCGGGAUUGGGUGGGGUGGCGUACCGAAGAACACGACCUACGGCCUGUACCGCGACGGCACCGAACUGCGCGCAGUGUACGUGGGCAAGCCGGAGGUGAAUGUGGCGGCGUGCAAGUCGUUGGGCGCGCGUUGUGAUUAUCCGAUUAUUGUAGGCAACAGUCCGUUGUAUGGAGGUUUGGAAAGUCGGCAUAACGAGGGCGCGACCACCAUAACCAACUCCCCCGCGAACGGCGUCCUCGUCCUCCGCCACGAGCUCGGGCACUCGAUCCCGGACGUGGGCGAGGAGUACGACGGCGGGGGCGAUGACGGGUAUUAUGGGGCGAAUACGCACGCGAAGGAUGGGGGAGAGGUGACGUGGGCGCAUUGGUUGGACGACUUGCAUGACGGCUCCCUCGAUGGUGGGGAUUUGGACCUCGACCGCGCCGCCCUUGAUCCUCAGCGCGCCGCCCUCCAUCCCCAGCGCGCUUCCCUUCAUCCUCAGCGCGCCGCCCUUCAUCCCCAGCGCGCGACGAUGCCCCUGCAGGCGUACCCGUGGACGCUCCUGAACACGGCCGCGCCCUGGUCUGCGACCUUCGUGUCUUCGGGCGCAUACGCGCGCGCGCUCGUCAGGUUCUCGUUGUCUGGCAUACCCGAGGCCGCGGACGCGCGAGUCCUCCUGGACGGCAGGGACCUGGACUGGACGCCCGAAGCCGGCAUCGGGAAGGACCGAUGGCACUAUGAUCUGCAUGUCGACGGCCUGGAGGGAGGCGAGCACUCGGUGUCGUUUGAGCUGCUCAGCCAGGGGCGGGAGGGCGAGGCGCAGCUGUGCAACGUGGAGGUGCUGGAGUUUGGGGACGAGGAUGAAUUCGACGCGCGGCCCGGCGUGUAUGGGCUGUUCCCCACGUUCGGCUCCGACAACGUCACCCGCUACCGCCCCACGAACGAGGACUGCCUCAUGCGGCUCGUCACCGCGCCCGGGUUCUGCAAUGUCUGCCUCGAGUCGCUGUGGUUGACGCUGCUGGCGAGGGUGGAUCUGAUUGAUGGGGUGGACGAGGUGUGCUCGACGCGUGCGACGGACGAAGCAUGUUCGAGGAAUGUCGCAGACGGACAGGACGCCGAGCAAAAUACGCCGGAACGUAGCCAGCACACCCUGAGCGUGCGCUUGAUCUCGCUGGGGCAGCUGCGCGGCGAGGAUAUUGGAGUCAAGGAGAGGUACUCGGUAGUCUGGUCAAAGGAUGGUGUGCCCCUCAACGAGCUGACGGAUGAGAUGACGGUGGCGGUCGGGGAAGACGAGAGGUGGACGGUCGAUGUCACCUACCUGACCGAGGAAGUACGCAAGGAUGAGGAUGGGCGAACUCAGGCGAGCAGGACGGUGAAGACAUCAAGGUGUUCAUGAGCAACAUUACGAGGGAAAAGAGUACAGUAGCAUACGACAACGGUGAGAUAUCUGGAAAAGUUCAUUAGCAAACAUGAAGAAGACGUUGCGAUUGCACGAUGAGGAGUCAGAAGGCUAUAGAAAAUGGAUAUCUGCAUCUUUGGACAGCGGUGUCUAGUCGCUUCUAGGAAACACGGACCAUAGCGUGGU